CAAACUCCUAUUUUCAGGAAAAAACCAGACAUGCAACCAUCAAUACUACAAGCAAAAGCAGUGGAACUCUAAUUACUCUCAGCUGAGCUUAAUUAAGUUAAUCAAAUAAUGGCGAACGGAAGGGGUGGCAGAAGCCUAAUGGGACCAUUCUUGAUCAUAAACUUUGUAGUUUAUUUAAUAGUACUAGGACUUGCUGGAUGGUCACUUGACAAAUACAUAGAUGGCGAACAAAAUCACCCUCAUUUAGGAGGGAAUCCAUCAACAAGUUUUAUGUUGAUGUUUGCAUUGAUUGGUGGAGUCAUGGGUGCUUCCUCUAUGUUAGCGGGGUUUGUUCAUCUCAGAAAAUGGAAUACUCAAAGUUUGGCUAGUGCUGCUUCUUCAGCUAUCAUCUCUUGGGCCAUUACUGCUCUUGCUUUUGGUCUAGUUUGCAAGCAGAUAAUAAUGGGAGGGCACAGAGGAAAACGCCUGCAAACUUUGGAAGCCUUGAUUACCAUAGCAAUGGUGAGUCAAUUACUGUAUAUACUGUUGCUGCACGCUGGUAUUUUCCGCAACAGAUACGGACCUGUUUAUGGUUCCAAUGGCGGCCCUCAGCACUAGCUUUCUCCAGCCAAGUCUCCCUUGGUCUACUUUGAAAUUGCUCGAUUGAGUUACACUGAUAAUGUACACUUGGAGUCGGUAUAUAUAAGUUAAAUCCAUAGAAAUAGCUAAUGGAAACAGAUGUUAGUCUGGUUUCUGGAUGGAUUGCUUAGAAUAUAUCUAAAAGAUUUUGUGGGAUGGCUCAGCUACCAUUCUUCUUCUUUUA